GCUGUGCACAGGUCCUGUUUCAUGUGCCAAAGAAAACUCACAAACAGAAACUGCGUCACUUGCUAUUAUUAUUUAGCGCAGUUGAUGUCAUUUAAACACUGUAAAUUGACAUGUAUUUAGUGACAAGCAGGUAAUCCAGUGUUUGUUAAGCCUCGAGCUGCUGCUGUGUUUGUGCCCGGAUUGAAGUGUCAUGGCUGCCGCGCGCUGCUAAAAGGAUUAAAGCGCUGGCCUGUGCAUCCAACAUGAAUGUGGGCGAUGUCAAUCCAGUAGCUUGUGCCAAGUCCGAUGCUCGAGUUGAGAAUGAAGAAAAGAACUGGCAUAAACGUCUACGACUCAGGAAAACCUCCUUUAUGUCUUCCUUCAAACGAAACCCUGUGAAACCGAAGAAAAAAGUCACAAAUCAGAAACAUGGACAAAAAGCUCCUGAAACAUUUGAGGAACCAUCUGAGAAUCUCCAGCACGGUCAAGCAGUGGAGAACUCGAAGAACAAACUCAUGUUCUUAUGUUCGGCAUGCAAGGACGGCACCUCGUUCAGGCCUAGUGAAUUAAUAGCGCAUUUUAAAGCCAUCCAUGAAGGCAAUAGCCCAGUGUUUCCCUGCGACGUGUGCAACUUCUCCACGUCAGUAUUCUCAACGCUCCAACAGCACAGAAUAAAACACAAGGACUGUAUGUUUACUUGUGAGGUUUGUAAAGAUGACGUCCAGCUCACAUUUCCUCAAUUAACCAAACAUUGUCAAACUCAUCAUUCUUUGAAGGAUCAAUACCACUGCCAAACAUGCCAAUUCUCUGUCAAGGAGAUCAAUCAGUUUGUGUGUCAUUUGUGUCUGCCCAACACAGCGCCAAUAAAAAACGGUCAUGAAGAGAACCUUACUACUGGCAAGUCUAAAACUGACCUCUUGGGUGAAACGGCAGGUACGGCACAGAAGGAAGAUGUCCUGAAGCAUCUGACGGCCGCGUGUCGUCACAGAUGGAGUAGAAGAAACUGGUGGAGAAAGCGAGAACCUGCAUCCAAACAAGAGUUUAAUAUUUUACUUCCAAAACCCCAACCACACUGGGUGUCUCCAGUAUCUUCCUUUUCAGCCUCAGGUCUGCUGGACAAUCAUGGAGUCUUGUUAGAUCCAGAGAAAACUCUUGAGGAGACACAGCUGUUUCUUGAAAGGACUGGUGGUAAAAAAUGGCCUGUAUUCCUCAAAACCGAGCAGGAUCUCACUUCGCUUAGCCAGACUGCACCCUCCAUGCCAAGGGUAAGACCAGGUAGUACACCCCACCCAGACCUGUGUAACGCUGGGAAAGAUAAGCUCACUGGUCUUAUGGAAAAGAGCAACAUAUCUGUUCCCCCAGACUGCACUACGAAGGUGGUCGGGUUUAAGAUGGUGAAUGGAAAAAAGCAUGUGGUCCUCAAAGUAAUUCCAACAAGCAACCAACAUAUUUUGGCCUCAAAGGGUGUUGAAUGUGGAACUUGCAGUCCGACACCAAAUGAUCAGACAUGGGUUGAUAGCUUUGAUGGUGAGUUUACAUCUCCGACUAAGAAGACUCAGGGACAACGUGUUGAUCUGCAGGACUGUCUUAAUGGAUUUUCUAAGAAGAGAAAAAGACAAGAUGCUGGUAACCACACAGAUCCCAACACAUACAUCAGUGGCUCAGGAGAUCCCAAUCACAAUGUAGCAGGUCAUCAAAGUACCAAAGAGCCGCUGUUAAGCUAUAAUGUUACAUCAGACCCUAACAGCAAUUCAGUCAGCAGUGAAGAAAGCGGAGUCAUGUUGAAGCAAGUAUUUCCCUUUGCUGUGGAGGAUGUUUGCAAUCCCAAUACAGAAAAAGUCAAAGCCCACAUUGAGUCUGAGGAAGACUUUACUACAAGCCAAAAAGAUUCUGGUUGUCAUAGUGAUCUGGCCUCAUGUCCAUCUUCUGAUACAGGUUCAUCAGAAGAAAGGUGUCAUUCAUUUGUACCUCUGGUGUCCGAAAAAGAGCAAAAUCCAGCAAAAUAUUCAAACAUCACAGAUGAAGGAUUAGAGGAAGAUACUUCAGAAAUGGAGUUUCUAAACACAGAUUCGUGCAUUGAGAGCUGUUUGGUCUCAGAGUUUGACGGUUCUCCCUUGAAAGGUCUGAGUGAAUCUUUCUGUCAUUUUCAAAGUGGAGUUGAGGAUCUGUUAUUCCACAGCAGUGGCGAUGAGUGCACAAACAACAUGGACCCCAGAGAUCCUCUGCUCCCUAUAGGUCAGUAUGACUGUGAAAUGUUAACAGCUCUGAGAGGAUCACGCAGCGCUGCCGACGAGCUGCCUUUAACAACAGUCAAACAUUUACUGGAUGGACCGGCCGCUGAUCUCGCAAUAUCUUCAGAUAACAGCACUGACUGCCUGAUUAACACCGGAGGUACAAACCCGCAAUCUGAGCCUAUCAGCACAGACAACUUCUCUACCCCGUUUGCUAAUACAGAUUCUUGUUAUUCUGCUCCUUUAGUCGUUGAAUCUCACAAUCACAGCGUAACAGAGUCCAGCGUUCCUCUCGCAUCACUGUACGAAUCAGCAUUGAACCAGAAACAAGUAAUAGAAGUGUUGUUAAAAGAUUCUCAAGAAGCUAUCACCAAAUCCCAAAAGCCAUCGAGUUUAGGAGAGAGUGACAUCACUGAAUCCAUCCUACACUGGGAACCUGUUCCUCGAGACGUCCCGAGAACUCUUAGACUGAAACCCUACUGUACCUCACAGUUCAUUAAAGUACCACGUGAGAACCAACCCGUCGUAGUUCUCAACCAUCCCGACACAGAUAUUCCAGAAGUGACGAAUAUCAUGAAAGUCAUUCAGAAACACAAAGGAGCCGUGCGUCGAGUCACACUGUCUCGAAAAACUCUCAGCGCUCUGUCGGAGUUUUCCUGCAAUGCCUUCCGGAAUAAUGGCGUAGCUGACUGUCACAUGUCCCACUGUAGGAGAGCUUGGCCGGAUGGGACGGUUAAAGAAAGAUUUAGCCUGAAACUGAGGCUGAAGAGAGUCUGUGGAAGGAAGUAUACCGUGGUACCAGCGGUGUCGGAUAGUGUUGUACUACAGCCUACGUUCAGAUGCUGGUUUUGCGGACGACUUUUUCGAAACCAAGAGGCCUGGGUAGGUCACGGACAGAGACAUCUAACAGAGGCGACCAGGGGCUGGAAUCAGAUCUUUAACAGAUAGACCAGGUGUGAUGUGAAGGCAAUAAUGUUUGACACAAUCUCAGGGUGAGAAAUAUACUGUUCCUCAUGUGGUCCAAAUCUAAGGAUAUUUCUUUUAUUAAUUCAAUUUAUUUUAUUAAAUACUGAAGAUUUAUUUAUUAUGUUCCAAAAUGUGAAAAACAAAUUGUUUAAUAGACAAAAAUGUAGCCGAGACCUCAGGUAAUGUCAUUGCAUUUGACUGCUGUUUGUGUAAUACUAAUUUCUGUUGACCUGAACGCCGAGCUGUUCUGUCAGGCAAUACAAGUGAAAAAAGACUGAACAUUGUGUUUGAAGUAUAAGACAUCUGUUUGUCAUACUUUAUGCAGUUUUGCAUUAAUUUUAGUUUUUGGCAUUGAAAAACUUGUUGAAACCAUAACUGCUAGAUGUUUCCGUUCAUGAAACAAGGCUUCGAAAAGUUUACAGAAGUGAAGUGGUUUAUUGUUUCUCUUUGGAGAAGACGAUGUGACUGUUAAAGAUGACUUUUAAAGGUGCUUUAGCUUCAUAUUUGUUAUUGCCUGUACAUAGCAUUAGUUGGAACUAAACCAGAGUAUAUGCAAAUCUACAGUAAUGGAAAUUCUGUGUUUUAUUUAUGCUAUUCAUCUUCAUAUUUAUUUUCUCAGCCGUUUUGUUGUUAAAUAUGUUUGAUUAGAAGUUUAAUCAAAGCAUUAAUUAAAUUCCACAUAUAUAUCUAGUUGUUAGUGUGUUUGCUAUUACAAUUCUUAAAAGGUUGUAAACUUUAUUAUCAUUUAUUAAGACAAGCAUUUUUUUUCAGAUCGGUAUUUGAUCAGUGUAAUAAUAAUUUGUGUAAUGGCUUUAUUUUAAUCAGGUAAAGAUAGGAAUCUUACUGAUGUGAUUGCACUUAAAUGUGAUGAUAAUCAUGUGAGGAGAAAUAUUGACAGAAUAUUUAAAGAUGAUCUUCUCCAGGUCUCUCAUCCACUCCACUUGAAAACCAAAGUGUAUAUGUCUCUUAUGUUUGUAGAAAGUGCUUGUGUUGUAUACAAACAGCUGUGAUUUGCACCUUAUAUUGCAGAAGUGCCUCUUUCUAACCCUAAGACUGUUGAGUCCUAGCUGUCAUAAAUAAAUCAUUAUUUU